AUGGCAAAGUGGACUACUGUCGCUAAAAAUACCUCUCCAAGGUCACGAAGUCAACCUCGACGACCAAUCGCACCAAAGUCACAUCAACAGAUAUACCUCAUAGCUUUCCUUCUCAACUGGCUACGUUCUCAUGACAUUCUCUAUCGGUUCAUGCAGAACGGUAUGGACACACAGACACUCGCAAAUAUCGUGAACCAUCACUGGAAGCCCACCAAGGGCCACGCUAUAAUCAUAAACACGCUCUGUAAGAUCACCCAGAAGACGAUGCGUGAUUCAGGCUAUGAGAGGUGGACAGUGAACAAGCACAAAGCGGGUACAUUUUAUUAG